AAUCACUUCUUCAGGAAAGAACACAAAACUGAUAUAAAGUUCAUCUCACAAGCAAAGGUCUGAGGAACCGAAAACGUUUAACGUUACCCUGCACGGACCCUGCACGAGGCCAACAUGUUUCUAUUUGUGAUCAAUAUUUGCACACUGGUCCGUUUAUCUGUGAGUUCAGUUGAUGACUGGGAAGCCAUUGGAUGUUACAAUAACUUUGAUCACGCUGCUCUUCCUGUCCAUUUCUACACCCCAGCCGACCUGGAUGUUAAUGAACUCUGGCCAAACCUAAAACCACUGGUAGAGGCUUGCAGUAAACAAGCGGAAAAAAGGAAUUACUCAUGCUUUGGUAUACAAUAUCAACAUGAAUGUUGGGGAGGAACGAAUGCAUCACUUACCUACGACAUAUCUGGUAAAUCCCGCAACUGUAGGGUUGAUAUAGAUAACUACGGAGUUGGAAAGCUUUACACAAGCUUCGUUUAUAAACUCAAGCCAGUGAAUGGUAACUGGUCGGCCUGGUCUAAGUGGUCUCCUUGUUCAAAAACAUGUGAUGAAGGUUUCCAGAAGCGCACACGUGGUUGCACAAAUCCAGCGCCGGCAAAUAGCGGCGAGCCCUGCCAAGGAGUUUUCAUGGAAACUAAAGCAUGCAUUUCACUAUUAUGUCCAGUGAACGGCAACUGGUCUCCCUGGUCCUUGUGGGGUUCCUGUUCGAAGACAUGCGAUGAAGGCUUUCAGAAACGCAUGCGUGAAUGCUCAGAUCCAGCACCAACCAAUGGUGGAAAAGUCUGCAUGGGAGAGGCCAUAGAAAGCAAGAAAUGCCUUCUAAAAUUAUGCCCAGUGAACGGUAACUGGUCUCCCUGGUCCUCGUGGGGUCCCUGUUCGAAGACAUGUGACGGAGGCUUUCAAAAACGCAUGCGUGAAUGCUCAGAUCCAGUACCGGCAAAUGGUGGAAAAGCCUGCAUGGGAGAGGCCAUAGAAACCAAGAAAUGCCUUCUUAAGUUAUGCCCAGUGGACGGUAAUUGGUCUGCUUGGUCUUCAUGGGUUCCCUGUUCCAAGACAUGUGGUGGUGAUCUUCAGACGCGCAAACGUAGAUGCACAAAUCCAGCGCCAGCAAAUAGUGGAAAGCCCUGUCAGGGGGUUGCCAAGGAAACUAAGGGAUGUAAUGUUAAGGAAUGCCCAGUGAAUGGAAAUUGGUCGCCCUGGUCUGCGUGGUCUUCCUGUUCAAAAACGCGCGAUGAUGGUUUACAGAGGCGCAUGCGUGAAUGUAAAAACCCAGCCCCAGUAAACGAUGGUGACCCAUGUAAAGGGAAUGCCAGUGAAGUCCGGACUUGCAGUUUACAAUUCUGCCCAGUGAAUGGUCAGUGGGGCUCUUGGCAAGCCUGGAGCGCAUGCUCUGUAAGCUGUAGAGGUGGCGUCCAGAGACGUAAACGCAGCUGUAAUAAUCCCUCUCCGGCACAUGAUGGCACUGACUGUAUAGGGGUAUCCAUGGUAACACGAAGCUGCAACUUAACGCCCUGUCCAGUUCACGGUGGUUGGAGCCCAUGGAACAAUUGGAGCAGAUGUGAACGGACUUGUGGUGGAGGCACUCAGCUCAGAUAUAGGACGUGUACUCACCCUCCCCCACAGCAUUCUGGGAAGCCAUGUGUCGGACAAGGCUCGAGGUCCCGGAGUUGUAACACGCAUUCAUGCCCCAGCGGAAGACGUUUGGUCUUGUGCGAAAACAAUAUGGCCAGAGUAAUCAAGUGUGGUCUUUUUAGACGGAUCCGAGUUCACUGGGUUCACUAUGGGUACAUUGAGGGUGACAGAGCUUGUGGAACCACUUAUAAAAACACUUGUUCCUCGCAAAAGGCUGUCCGUGUUCUAAAAAGAUGGUGCGAAGGAAAGUUCUUUUGUCUGGUACGACCUUGGAACAAGUUUUUUCAGGCUCCAUGUGGGAACAGAAAGUACUUAAAAGUUUACUAUUCCUGUUAAUGGCAGUUAGAAAAAAAAAUACAA